AUGGAUCCGGAAACUAUAGACACAGAGUACGACGUGAUUGUUUUAGGUACCGGUAUUACUGAGUGCAUCUUAUCUGGUUUACUCUCUGUAGAUGGAAAAAAAGUAUUACAUAUUGACAAGCAAGAUCAUUAUGGUGGUGAAGCUGCUUCUGUGACCUUAUCUCAAUUGUAUGAAAAAUUCAAACAGAAUCCUAUCAGUAAAGAGGAGCGGGAAUCUAAGUUUGGGAAAGAUAGAGACUGGAAUGUCGAUUUGAUUCCUAAAUUUCUGAUGGCCAAUGGUGAACUCACAAAUAUCUUAAUACAUACUGAUGUGACUAGAUAUGUUGAUUUCAAACAAGUUUCUGGUUCCUACGUGUUCAAACAAGGAAAAAUUUACAAAGUACCAGCAAAUGAAAUAGAAGCCAUUUCUUCACCAUUAAUGGGUAUUUUUGAAAAACGUAGAAUGAAAAAAUUCCUAGAAUGGAUUAGUUCUUACAAAGAAGAUGACUUAUCCUCUCAUCAAGGUCUAGACUUGGACAAGAAUACCAUGGAUGAAGUUUAUUAUAAAUUUGGUUUAGGUAAUUCCACCAAGGAAUUUAUUGGUCAUGCAAUGGCUUUAUGGACCAAUGAUGACUAUUUGCAGCAGCCCGCUAGACCAUCGUUUGAGAGGAUCUUGUUGUAUUGCCAAAGUGUUGCUCGUUACGGUAAAUCACCUUAUCUAUAUCCUAUGUAUGGGUUGGGCGAACUUCCACAAGGAUUUGCUCGUUUGUCGGCUAUUUAUGGUGGUACUUAUAUGCUGGACACCCCAAUUGAUGAAGUAUUGUACAAGAAAGAUACAGGAAAAUUUGAAGGGGUCAAGACUAAACUGGGAACUUUCAAGGCCCCAUUGGUUAUUGCUGAUCCAACCUACUUCCCUGAAAAAUGUAAAUCUACCGGCCAAAGAGUCAUCAGAGCCAUCUGUAUUUUAAACCACCCAGUUCCAAACACCAGUAAUGCAGAUUCCUUACAAAUUAUCAUCCCACAAAGUCAGCUAGGUAGGAAAAGCGAUAUAUACGUUGCGAUCGUUUCGGACGCACAUAACGUUUGCUCCAAGGGCCAUUACUUAGCUAUUAUUUCCACAAUCAUCGAAACUGAUAAACCACAUAUAGAAUUGGAACCUGCUUUCAAGCUUCUAGGGCCAAUCGAGGAAAAAUUCAUGGGCAUUGCUGAAUUGUUUGAACCAAGAGAAGACGGUUCUAAGGAUAGCGUCUACUUAUCCAGAUCAUACGAUGCAUCCUCCCAUUUCGAAUCUAUGACUGAUGACGUUAAAGAUAUCUACUUUAGGGUAACAGGCCAUCCACUAGUUUUGAAGCAAAGACAGGAGCAAGAAAAGCAAUGA